UGUUUUCCCGCAGCUCAGUAGAUAUUGUAGACUAUUUGUUAUGUCUAUUUAACUGCGUCGUAAUUGUUAAGUGUAGUUGUUUGCUUAUAAAGUGAAUCAGUUUUUCUAUCAAAGUUGGACUAAGUAUAAAAGAAAUCAACUUCGCAACGAACAAGAAUUUUACCGAUUGCUGCACGGAAACGAUAAGAUGGAGAGUUUUGUGGUGAUUUUAAUUCUAUCCGUCUCAUUUUGCGCAGCCGAUAUCAAUAAUUGUCCUGUUCACAUACCUAGAACAGCCUUUUUGUAUCAGUUUGGAACAAGUUGCUAUCAGUUCAAUAUGGGGCUGAAAACCCUUAAGAAAUGGGGCGUGUCUGGGAUAGACUGUAAAGUAAACCAUGGCGACCUUAUUGACAUCCACUCAGAGGCUGAGCAAGAUUUUAUCAUCAGCGCCUGGAAGAACCUAAGCUACACAAUCUUUGGCAGCAGUAGGUUGUGGAUUGGUCUGAAUGACAUUUUCACACCAGGGAUUUGGACCUGGUUUUCAGGAAGGAAAGAAAUUGAUUUCCAGAACUGGGCUUCAGGACGGCCAGACAAUGAAAGCGGGAAACACUGUGCUGUGAUGACGUUAUCUGGUCAAUGGGAAGAUUAUGAUUGUUAUGAUUCCUACAACUGGAUAUGUGAAUUCAGUACGAUUCCAAACUAUGACUGUCCUGCAAAUCUGCCUCGAACUUACAAGUUACUGUCAUGGCGAGACCAUUGUUACCUUUUUAAUCCGAAUUACAUUGAAGACUGGUAUAACGCGGACAUCAGCUGUCUAACAAUCAGGGGAGGCUACCUGGUUGAUAUUCAUUCACAGGAAGAGCAAGAUUUUAUAAACUAUUCCUGGUCGAUACUGCGAAUCAAAGCACAUGAAGAUAUAGGACUAUGGAUUGGUUUGACGGACGGACAAAACUAUUUUGAGGAGGGAAGAUGGAACUGGACAUCAAGUAAUAUUGACUAUAUAAUUAUAUCGGAUUAG